AUGAAUAUUGCACAGACGAGAAAGACAUACAAAGCAAUCUGGAGUCUACUUGUGCUCAUGGGAGCUACACUUCAGAGCUCGGACAAUGGUGCAAACCCAGGUGGAAUCUAUAGCUUUGGAAAUUAUCCUGUGGAUACGACUGAAAUAUCUAUAUGUAGACAAGACAUUAGAUUUAUUGGCAGCAAUAUUAAGAGACUAGUGAGGCUAGAGAGGCUGGAUCUCAGUCAUAACAAACUCGAAUCAUUGCCAUCUGAGAUAGGAGAAUUGAAGAAUUUACGGUGUCUGGAUCUUGGUUAUAACCAAUUUGAAUCAUUUCCAACAGUGAUAGGAAAGCUGGAGAAUCUAUAUGUACUGGAGCUCUAUAAAAAUAAUCUCGAGUCAUUACCAGAUGUAAUAGGAAAGCUAAAGAAUCUAGGGAUGCUGAAUCUUGGUAAUAACAAGCUUGAGACACUACCACCUGUAAUAGGAGAGCUGGAGGAUCUAGGCAUACUGUAUCUCCAUGAAAAUAACCUCAAAACAUUACCAGAUGUAAUAGUAAAGCUAAGGAAACUACACGAUCUGUAUCUCAGUAAUAACAAGCUUGAGACACUACCGGCUAAGCUAGAAGAGCUGGAGAAUCUAAGUACACUGAGUCUCGAUGAAAAUAACAUCAAAACAUUACCAGAUGUAAUAGUAAAGCUAAGGAAUCUACGGGGGCUGUAUCUCAAUGAUAACAAGCUUGAGACACUACCAGCAGCAAUAGGAGAGCUGGAGCAUCUGCGAGAAUUGAAUCUC